UUACGCCGCCGGAAGCGGGGCGGAACUUUGUGGUGGCGGCGAGGAACAGGAAGCCCUGAAGGGUCAAAAGGAAUACAAAAGCAAAGGCUGUUUUCUGUCUUCUUCUUUUUUUUUUUUCCUUUUCUUUCUUUUUUCCUGAAGAGUGAGCGGCCUUUACGGUGGCGGUUUGGGGUGGGCGCCACCAAGGAGAGGGGGUCUCCUCCUGUGCGCCGGUAGCCUGAUUGUUCCAUUAUGGAUGGAGGGGAUGACGGUAACCUUAUUAUCAAAAAGAGGUUUGUGUCAGAGGCAGAACUAGAUGAACGACGCAAAAGGAGGCAAGAAGAAUGGGAGAAAGUUCGAAAACCUGAAGAUCCAGAAGAAUGUCCAGAGGAGGUUUAUGACCCUCGGUCUCUGUAUGAAAGGCUACAGGAACAGAAAGACAGGAAGCAGCAGGAGUACGAGGAGCAGUUCAAAUUCAAAAACAUGGUAAGAGGCUUAGAUGAAGAUGAGACCAACUUCCUUGAUGAGGUUUCUCGACAGCAAGAAUUAAUAGAAAAGCAACGAAGAGAAGAAGAGCUGAAAGAGCUGAAGGAGUACAGAAGUAAUCUCAACAAAGUUGGAAUUUCUCCAGAAAACAAGAAAGAAGUGGAGAAGAAAGUGACUGUGAAACCCAUGGAAACCAAGACUAAGUUCUCCCAGGCAAAGCUGUUGGCAGGAGCUGUGAAGCAUAAGAGCUCAGAGAGCAGCAACAGUGUGAAAAGACUGAAAUCGGACUCUGGUCCAGAUGACAAGAAUCAAGAAGCCCCGUCCUGUGUGUCUCUUGGAAGCACGUCUCUGAGUGGUCCAUCCAUCCACUGCCCCUCCGCUGCGGUCUGUAUUGGCAUCCUCCCAGGCUUAGGCGCCUACUCUGGGAGCAGCGACUCGGAGUCCAGCUCAGACAGCGAAGGCACUAUCAACGCCACCGGCAAGAUUGUCUCCUCCAUCUUCAGAACCAACACCUUCCUCGAGGCCCCCUAGCUCCUGUGUCCUUUCCACAGGGAGCUCCUCCCCGAGAGCAGAUUGGACGGUUCAUCUGCCUACAGGCAUUACCUCCCUCAGAAAACUCCUUUGCCUGCUUCCUGUGCACACUGUGAUGUUUUGAAUCUCAUCUAAAAAUGUGCCAGAAUCUACCUGUGGCCCGACUUGUAUUUGGUUUGUCUUUGCACUCCCGUGCAGAUGCCCAACCGUGUCCCGCUGCCUCUCCUCACUGAUGUGGUGGGGCGGGGUGGCGGGGAGGGGGGGAUCAGGGCCCAGCAGAAAUUCCACUAAAAAUGCCCUGGGAAGAUAGGCAUCAGCUGGCUUGCAAAGGGUUUGGGUUAUGUUGCUUUCUUGUUUUUUCCUUCUUUUCCUUUCCCAGCAGCACAGAGAAGCCAGGGCCUUUGUUGGACAGGUAUUAUUUAAACAUUGUACUCUAGGUGAACAUGGUGUUUGGUUAUACUGCAUUGUGGAGUGUGUGGGGGUGGAGAACUGACUCAGGUAAUGAAAUGGCGCACUCCCCUGGGACUGACCAAUUCUUGAUGUUGUGUGACUAAGAUUAAAAACUGCAUCUGCCGGGGGUG